AAGACAUCCUUACUCUCCUAUCUGUUGUUUGACAGCAUUUGAUAUUACCACUCUUAGUUGUCUGUGGGAAUGUCCCAAGAAUGCAUUUCCUUUAAGAGAGAGCGCAGCUGUGUAAAUAGCAAAAAGUAGCUUUUUAUCCCAUGGCCUCCUUGGAGCAGACUGCACUAGAUAAGGCCCUCAGAGCAGCCAGUGGAGGGUUCUGGGGAAGAGGAUUGUGGCCCCAUCCUUGCUCCUCUGGGCCACUCCCGGCCAACCUUGCUCUCCCUGCAUCACAGCCAAUUGUUCCAGUUCACGUUGUAAAGUAUUCUGGGGCUUUUAUCUGGGUGACAGUUCUAACUUGGAAACAGCAAUGUUACAUUUUGACCUGUGUCCCUUAGGUAGACUGUGGUUUCUUCUCCUACCUUCAUGUGGGACCUGUGACAUUUCACAGUGAAUAAUGAGGGGGAAUGUGUUAUGUGCAUCUUUAUGGGCCAGAUUGAAAACAAUUUGAUGCUUUGGGGCUAUAUUAGGUAGUUACAACCAUUGAAGGUGGACCAAUGUAAAACUGUCUCUGGAUUACUGGAGACGAGCUGUGGUGUCUGGAUCUGGCCAGCAGGUCCUCUAAUUGCCAGCCCUCUUCAGAUGGUCACACUGUCACCCUGACUCCCUGUCUCUCUCUUAGCCCAUGGCUGCCAGUUUCGGAGUGAUGGGUGACGACGGCUCUAUUGAUUACACGGUACAUGAGGCCUGGAACGAAGCCACCAACGUCUACUUGAUAGUGAUCUUGGUCAGCUUUGGUCUCUUCAUGUAUGCCAAGAGGAAUAAAAGAAAAAUAAUGAGGAUAUUCAGCGUGCCUCCUACAGAAGAAGCUUCAUCAGAGCCCAACUUUUAUGACACAAUCAGCAAAAUCCGUUUAAGACAACAACUAGAGAUGUAUUCCAUUUCAAGGAAGUAUGAAUAUCAGCAGCCACAGAGCCAGGCUGACAGCGUGCAGCUUGUGUUGGAAUGAGGCCUUGGAGCAGCAACGGGGAGUUGUUAAACAGCAUGGCAGGGAGCUCCAGCUCCCUCUACUAAGCCGUGAGCAGCAUUGUAAGAACUUGCAUCUGCCUGCGUAAAAUCAUUUCACUUGAGACUGCCCAUGUGUUUGGGGUGUGUGUGUGUGUGUGUGUGUGUGCUCAGUUUUACUGUUUCAGAUUUGCAUCUGCCAGCCAUCUGUUAGACAAAUACAGCUGGCUCAGAGGGCCUGAACACUGGGAGCCACACAUGGCCAGGAAGAUGCAGCAGCCACACGCAGAGCCCGCGGCGGGAGCACCCUCAGACUCUACAGCAUAGUCGAUCCGUAAUAGAAGCAUCUUUGGAUGCAAGAAUCCUGGAGCUUAUGCCACUUAGAUUAGAAUAUAUUUUAUAAAAUUAAAAAAAAACGCAAGUCCAGCCAUCGGAAUAACUUCUGAGAUUCUGUUCUGUGAUAACUGUAUCCGUAGCAGACUGAUUUGUGUUCUCACUGCUGCUGGUGAUGACUGAUUGUAUCCGUGAUCCUCAGAACGCGCACGCGCACUGUCUUCCUACAUCACAGAGCACCCCCUCUGCUCAUUUUAGAAGCCCUCUGUAACUGGAUUUUUUCCUUCUGUAAAUGUGAUCCUGGGAGUUUCUGUUUUGUUUUUUAAUCCCUUAGUUUAAUUUCUGCCAGAUGGAUCUUCUUCAGAAGUGGACACUCCUGUAUUGGUGUUGGCAACUUGCUUUUCGGUCAAUGUAUCAUCAUUGUUUAAUGUUACUAUCUGGUUACUGCUACGCCUUUAACAUGAUAAGCUUUUCUGAAGAUUUUCAGGUCUUGUCCCAUUUUGUGCUAUACAAAAAAUGAUUUUUUUUUAAUUUAAAUAAAAGUGACUAGAGAUACUUGUA